AAUGUCGAAGCUCUCUCUCGCGCGCGCCCUCAGGCUCCAGUAUUUACCUUCCGGGGCGGCGGGGCUUCACUUCCGGGGCGGGGUGUCCGCUCUGUGUGUCCCCGGCCCCGCUUCCCUCCGUGGAGCUGUCUCAGCGGGAGCAGGGGGGCUAGCUGCAGUACCGGGGAGGGACCGGACUCAGGGCAUCAUGAGCGGCUCACAGAACAAUGACAAAAGACAGUUUCUUCUAGAGCGGCUACUGGAUGCAGUUAAACAGUGUCAAAUCCGGUUUGGAGGAAGAAAAGAAAUUGCUUCAGAUUCUGAUAGCAGAGUGACUUGCCUGUGUGCUCAGUUUGAAGCUGUACUACAGCACGGUUUGAAGAGGAGCCGAGGAUUAGCAUUAACAGCAGCAGCAAUCAAACAGGCAGCAGGUUUCUCCAGCAGAACAGAAACAGAGCCAGUGUUUUGGUACUACGUAAGAGAAGUUCUGAAUAAACAUGAACUACAGCGCUUCUACUCUCUGAGGACUAUUACUACAGAUAUUGGCAGAGGCCGUGCCUGGCUACGCUGUGCAUUAAAUGAACAUUCUCUGGAAAGAUAUGUCCAUAUGCUGCUUGCAGAUAAAAAUCGACUUAGUGUCUUCUAUGAAGACUGGUCUUUUAUGAUGGAUGAAGAACGUUCUAGUAUGAUACCUACGAUGGCAGCUGGUCUGAACUCCAUUCUUUUUGCAAUCAACAUCGACAACAAGGACUUAAAUGGGCAGAGCAAAUGCACUCCUACCGUCUCUGAUCUCUUAAAAGAAUCCACGCAAAAUGUAACCUCAUUGUUGAAGGAAUCCACCCAAGGUGUCAGCAGCCUUCUAAGAGAGAUAACAGCAUCCUCUGCUGUUUCCAUUUUAAUCAAACCCGAUCAAGACACUGACCCACUUCCAGUUCUAUCAAAGAAUGUUAGUGCAGAUUUAAAAUGUAGAAAAGAUCGAAAGAAGAAGAAAAGGGUGACACACAUCAUCUCAUUUGAUGAGGAGGAAGAUGAACAAAAUUUAGGAGAUACUUUAAAGACAGCAGUUGCAGGAGAAAGCUCAGAAGAGAACUCAGACAAGUCUUCAGCUUUUGUGUUACCUUCCUCUGAAGGAUCUCUUGUACAAAAUUUAAAUGGAAAUCAGAAUACCCAUUUGUGGAAAAGCGAUUCCAUGUUUUUGAAUGGAGAGUGUAGUUACCAGAAGCUUGAUGUGAAGAGUAUUGAUGAUGAAGAUGUGGAUGAAAAUGAGGAAGAGAUAUAUGGAAAGAUACUGGGAAACAAAGGUGUGGAAGAUGAAACAAAAGUUUCAGAAAAGCCAUAUGAUGGGGGCACAUGCAAUUCACAGAUAUGCACUUGGACUCCCCUGCAUAUCCUGAAUGAUAAUUCAGAUAUUCUGUUUCCUGUCAGUGCUGUUGGUUCUUACUCCCAGAUUGGUAACCUGGAGAAUGGAGAUGGGCAUGAAAGUGCUGUUCUUGCAGUAGAACUGGCUCAGAGAGGAUCUGAACUUCCUAAUAGAGUGGAUGUCAGUCCUCCUGUUCAAGUGAAUGCUUUAAGCAAUAUGUUGCCUUCAGCCACUGUGCCAGAAUCAAUGACAAUUAAUGAACUUCGGCAAGCUAUUGUGGCCAUGAUGAACAGAAAGGAUGAGCUCGAAGAACAGAACAGAUCUCUGCGAAACCUGCUUGAUGGAGAGAUGGAACAUUCUGCACUACUCAGGCAAGAAAUUGAAAACUUGAGAAGGAAAGUAGCAGAGCAUGAGGAGCGACAUGCAGCAAAGAUCCAGGCCUUGGCAAGGGAGAAUGAAGUGCUGAAAGUACAACUCAAGAAGUAUGUAGGAGCUGUCCAGAUGCUGAAAAGAGAAGGUCAAACAGCAGAAGUUCUGCCAAACCUUUGGAAUAUUGAUGGGGAAUUUACCAUACCUGAGCAAAAGCAAGUAGAAAACAACGAGGAACUAGCAAACUCCUAUGAAAGAAAACUGAUUGAGGUGGCAGAAAUGCAUGGGGAGCUUAUAGAAUUCAAUGAGCGACUACACCGUGCUUUGAUGGCUAAAGAAGCUCUUGUAUCCCAAAUGAGGCAGGAACUCAUUGAUUUGAGAGGGCCAGUCCCUGGGGAUUUGAGUCAGACAUCUGAAGACCAGAGUUUGUCAGAUUUUGAAAUAUCAAAUCGUGCCCUUAUUAAUGUUUGGAUUCCCUCAGUCUUUCUACGAGGAAAAGCUGCUAAUGCAUUCCAUGUUUACCAGGUAUAUAUCAGAAUAAAAGAUGAUGAAUGGAAUGUUUAUCGAAGAUAUGCAGAAUUCAGAAGCUUGCAUCACAAGCUACAGAAUAAAUACCACCAAGUAAGGACCCUUAAUUUCCCACCCAAAAAAGCCAUUGGAAACAAGGAUGCAAAGUUUGUAGAGGAACGACGCAAACAACUACAAAAUUACUUACGGAACGUUAUGAACAAAAUUAUUCAAACUGUGCCAGAAUUCACAGUUAGCCCCAAAAAAGAGACUCUUAUUCAACUGAUGCCCUUUUUUGUUGAUAUCCAACCUGUGGGAGAACCAGUAAGCAAAAGCAAUCGCUCAAGAGUGGCUACCCGCUUUCCAAAGCUAUCUCGACACCAUCAAAGGGAGCCACGGAACCUGGAGCCUCAAAGUGGCGAUCUCUGACCCUUUGUAUAAUUGUGAACAUCAGCACCAUGUACUUUAAACUGCCCUGUGAUUCUGACCUAUCCUAUACUGUUGAUUAUGAAAGGCCCUGGGGAGAAUACAGCUGCAUUGAGUUAAUUCCUGAAAGGAGACUCUCAAUACUAAGGUUCAUCAUUCUGAUUUAACAGGUCACUUUUGAAAGCAGCAAGCAUUUUCCCAUUGGAAUAUGAGGGCUCUUCAUGGGGCACUCAGCAAAUUGUACACACUUCCUUUGUUUUGUAAAGCAUUCUCUUUUCUUCUAAACUUACUCCACUACUAUGAGUCCCUUGUUUGUGCCGUAGUGUCUCUUACACUCAUCCCAUCUAUUUCUGUUCCUGAGAUCUGUGUGCCUCAUAUUCGGAGAAUAUUAUUUUUUUCUUAGAAGUACAACUGUAAUUAUCACUAAUCAAUAUUUGUCAGAAAGUUGUACUUAAAAAAAACUCUCCUAACCCAUUGCCUUUUGGAAAUGGAAUGACUGUUGCUUUUUCAUUAUGAUCCUCUGAUGCACUCAAGAGUCUUUUAUAAACGUUACAAAGUAAAUGACGGAAGAAAAAACAGUAGAGAGGGCAGAAAUAGCUUUUGUAUGUUUCUAGUCAGAUAUUCCCAGAAGCUCUCACUUGUGAAGAGUAAUUCUACCAAAAUGGAGAUUCUAAUAAUUUUCUAUUGAAAUUUUUGUUUUUGCUGCAAGGCAAGGUGCAGUACAAGUCAGCUCAAGGAGUUUAGCAAAAAAGGAAACACAAAGUUAACAUGUUACAGAAUAGAGUUUUCCAGCAUUUGGCUUUGUUCUGUUAUUGAUUUCUUGCUGAUGUUAUUAUAAAAACAGUCUCUCAGCAUAAAGAAAGGGGCCAUUUGAGCAUUCUUACAACUACUUUGUAAGACACAUGAAAUGCUGUUGCUAAAAGAUUGCCUAAGUUGAAAGUGCCUGUCACCUUUUUACUGGAAAGUGACUUGUAACGAUGUUGUGAGAACAACUAAAGAAAACUGGGAGAAUAAUUGUUACAAGUGCUGGAAAUCCUGAAAUGGAUCAACUGGAAUCCAGUUCACAACAUCUGUUAGCUAUACUGCCACAGGCAGUAAACUAUACUUUAGCCAUCUUUUUUUCCCCAUGUAUAGAGUCUUAACCAAUAUUCAUUUAUGUUUACUGAAGAAUAUAUUCUGCUUUACCUGUGCACCAGAACAACUCUCUUCUCACAAGUUGUUUGGAUAAUCUGUGUUCCCAUAGGUUGGUAUAUUGUCCGGCUAUACUGAAAGAAGGACAGGAGACACUUGAUAUGGUUUUAAUCAGACUGCAACUUUAUUAUUAGAUGUCGGUGACCACCCAGCAGAUAAAAGUGUAUCAUGCAGGUAACUCCAUGUUCGUUCAGUUACUACCAGGAAGGCUUCUGCCAGCCCUCAUCUUUUUCCAUGCAGGCCCCCCAGCCACCUAUUGCUGAGACCCAACCAUCCACCACCACCCUUGUAGGAGGGUUAAGGUGGGCUGUAAGAAAGGGAGGUUGGCUCCCUGCCAUACCAUGUAUAGGAGCCACCCUGUUCCAUUACUUUAACCAACACCUCCAUUUUAAGUCCUUUACCAAGUCAUUUAUCCAGUCACUGUACACCUUCACUGUGGAGUACCUGCACUGGACAUCCGCCCCACACUUGCUUAAUGAGUUGCGACAUAUAGCCUAACUCCCUUCACUGUUAACCAUAACAAAACCAUCCCUGAACCUGCUGUGGAAGGCAAAAGAAAAUCCACCCCACCAAUCCACCCCAUCAGGCCAAUCUGCUGAUGGGGGAAAAAGUCCUUCCCAGAUACCCUAAAAGGAACGGCUAGCGUGAUGCCCACAGCAGGUCCUGACCAAGCCUGGUAUUUUGCUAUCUGAAGGGGAGGGGAGGGGAGGGAAGGGAAAGGUAGGUGCUGACUCACCUGCUCUGUGGAAAAAGAGCUCCUCAUGCCCAGACUUGCCCUUCUUCAACUCCUUCGCCCUUCCGGUCCCAGGGGAUGAGUCAGUGUCGCCACACUCACCCCAUCCCCUUUUGCAGCAGUUUCUGACCUCUCUCCCUCACCCUUAAAACACUGUUUCCUUUCCCUCAGCAAGCCAGACAAUGGUCCCCCACUUAAAGGUGCAGUGUGGUUCAUUUUUGUUAUUGACUGUCAGUGUAUUAUGUUAAAACCUGACAGUAGUAAUAGAAACCCAAGGGGUUGGGUUUUUUUCAGAAAAAGAAUCCACUUAUUAUUAAUGCACUUUUUUAAAUGUAGAGCUAUUUUAAAAAGUCUAAUGAACUGAGACCCAUAUUCUUCAAGCCUUUGUCCCAUUUUGUGGCACUCAUUCACGAGUAGCCCUAUUGACUUCAGUUGGAUGACUCGCAUGAAUAAGGUUUGCUCAAAGUGAAUAAUGGUUGCAGAACUGGCUUCUGAGUGAAGAACGAGUCCUGUAAUCCUUACAUUGACAUACACUGUCAUAGAUUGCACUGAGUGAUGGGAAAAGGCAACCAGCAGCAACCAGGUAUUAACACGCGAGACCCCAAAAGAAAAAUCGUGUCCCAGAAAUGAAAUAUUGUUCUGUUACUUGCAAUUUUAUCUGCUACUGCAGUAUCUUCUGCACAUCUAUAAGAGAGCUCCUUUACAAAUGAAUCCCAACAAGCAGCUUUUCAGAAAAGCUAGAUGUCUUGGUUGCAUCAGAAAAUGAGUUAAUAUUGGUGUUUGAAUCCAGUAGGGUGGGGUAUUUGUUUAAAAAUAAAAAAUAAUAAAAUCUGUAAAGCCUCUCCGAA